AUGGGGAAGUCUCUGGGAGAAGAGGCCGUUCUGGUCAGCUUUCCCAGGCUGCUGUCAGGUAAGGCUGAGCCUGGCUGGGCUGUGGGGAGCAGAGCCCUGACAUCCCCCGACCCCCAGGGUGUAGGAGCCUCUGUGCCUGGGAGUGCAUGGCCAGGAUUCUGCCCUCUAUGGGGGAGGGGAUGCCCAAGAGCCUGCAACCCUGGACCCCUCUCACCAUGUCUCCCGCCCCCCAGCAGUCCCUCAACACAGCAGAACCCAGGAUGGAGGAAAGGGACUGGCCGCACUUUAGACAGCACCCCCAGCCCAGGGCAGGUGCCACGCUCCCCUACUCCCUCUUGCCUGCUUUGGGUCACCUGUCCCACUGCCUUGGGCAGGGCCUGCCCACCAGCCUCCUCCAGGCGUGGUGGGAAGUUUAUCGGUUCGGGGCACCCUGACCGGCUCCUUGCCCCUGUCCGGUGCCGCCCAGCCUGGGACAAGUCUCGCCCCUACAGCCCCUCUCCACUGCGUGUCUCCAGCUUCUCGGAGACCUGGUGGCCACCGUGCGGAGCUGUGGGAUGUGCUGCCGCCUGCAGUGCACCCCUGUUCCAGGGGCUCGAUUGGCUGACCAGCCCGCGGAGCAGGACCCAGGUGCUUCAGAUCCGGGUGGAGGGCCCCGACAAAGCCCGCUCUCAGCUGCUGAUUGUGGACCGGAGCUUCGACCUGGUGUCCCCACUGCUGCACGAGCUCACCUACCAGGCCAUGGCCUACGACCUGCUCAGCAUUGAGAGCGACACCUACAAGUACGAGACGACAGGGACCAGCGACUUGUGGGAGAAAGAGGCGCUGCUGGACGAAGACAACGAACUCUAGGUGCAGCUACGGCACAUGCACAUCGCUGACAUCUCCAAGUGAACACGCUCAGCUCUGCUCCUGACACGCCCCUGUAUGCCCUGCCCAUACCCUAGAUAUGCUCCCACGUGUGGCUGGGCUGCUGUGGCUGGCCCCAGGCAAGGCCUCUGCCCUCUAGGGGGCACUUUGCGCUGGAAGGGGCCAGGAUCUCACCACCAUCUCCCUCCAGCCAACAUUGAGGACCUGUCCCAGAUGCUGAAGAAGAUGCCCCAGUACCAGAACGAGCUGAACAAGGAAGGAGGUUUGCUGGGAAGAGAUGGGGUCUGUCUGUCAAGAAGGAGAAGAACAUCUUCGUUCACUGACUCACCAACCUUAUGAGAAGAGCUUAAAACUAAGUUCAGAGGGGGCAGGUGAAAAAAGGCACCAGGUGAAAAAAGCACAUACCUGGUCGGCAGCAGAUUAUGUGGUACGCUACAGUCACAUCGAUGUCAUAAUAGUGCUUGCACGAUCUGCCCUGGCUGUCCUGGACAUGACAGACUGAGAGACCAGUUGCCUCUCAGUACGGGAGCUCUUUGGAGAAAGGACUGUCUGGAGGAAGUGUUGAGGAAAGAUUCAAACAUGAAUACAUUUGUGACUGAGCAGGAGGUAACCGACAGAGGUGUUUAUAAUGAGGUUGUUUCCCUCUUGGCACAUAUGGAUGACCAAAAUAAGGACAAAAUUGCCCUCAGGAUUGCCUGUAUAGCUGAGACCAAGCUGGCUAGCGUUGUAACAGUUCUGCUAGAGAAACUGCAACUGGAUGAGGUAGGGCAGUUUCAUGAAAUUCCAUCCGCUUUCCAUGUGUCCACACCAAAUUCUGUCU